AAAAUAUCUUUUUAUUCUUGCUAUUAAUCAUCAUAAAGUGUUGACGAUAAAUGCGCCAAGUUUUGCGGAGGUGAAAAUGGCACCCCAAGUGGGGAUAAAAGUACAAGAAUGAGACAGGAUAUAUGUCUAGGAGAUAGGGGUAGUAAAGAGUUUCAUUCCUGAACGGGACGUCCAGGUGUCUGUGUGCUUUCUUGUGAUAUCCCGAUAUCGGCGGUUAACACCCCGCACGAUGUCUUCCUACAGAAUUUUAAUGCUUAUCUUUAUCUGCCACAUUCUUUUAACAUUAACAACAUCAAAGGAUUCCUGGAAGCAGCCAGGAUGCCAUAAAAUAGGACAUACAAGAAAAAUCAGUAUACCAGGGUGUGUCGAAUUUCAUAUGACAACAAAUGCAUGUCGGGGAUUUUGCGAAAGCUGGGCUGUACCUUCUGGUCCAAAAACAAGUUCGAAUCAACCUGUUACUUCUGUUGGACAGUGUUGCAACAUAAUGGAUACCGAACUAGUGGAAGCAAGAGUUUAUUGUGUGGAUGGUGCCAGAACCCUGACUUUUAAGUCAGCUGUUUCCUGUGCAUGUUAUCAUUGCAAAAAAGACUAAAUUAAACAAAAAAUAGAAAUGACUGUAUAUGGAUGCUUUUCAUUUCACAAAUAACGGAAGUAAAAGGCAUAAAUAUAUAGUAACUUUGCUCUGAAGUGUA